AUGGGCAAUGAUGGGGCCCAAGAUACCUCUACCUCUUCCGCUCGUCUUGCACGGACGGAAAGCAAAAAGCCACAUAUAUCUCCCUACCCGAACCAGGGCGCGUUUGACGAUGCAAUCCACAUGCCCACCCCCUCAGCCUAUCUGACCCCCCCUGGACUAAUAACACCACACAACAAACCCCCACGCCCGAUACCAAUUCGUAGCGAGUAUCAACCCGAUACUUAUUUCUUAGUUCGUGAUCUCACAAAUGGCGGCUUUACAAAUGAGCAAUCGGUGACAAUCACGAAAGCUAUCCAACAUAUCCUACAAAAGAACAUCGAUAUCGCAAAACAAUGUCUGAUUUCCAAAUCCACUGUCGACAACGAGUCCUACCAAUUCAAGGCAGCCUGCUCAGAAUUCCGAUCGUCCUUACGAACAGCGUAUAAUUUGGAAACGAAAAGACAACAUGCUUUGCGGAUACAAUUGGAGCAAGAAUAUGAUACUCUCUCGCAGCGUCUCACCCAAGAAAUUGUUGGCAUGAAAGAUAGUAUCAAGGGUAUGUUAAAUGAAUAUAGCAUUGCCACCCGAGAGGACCAACGGAUUAUCGACAUCUUGCUCCAGGAGCUUAAUUACAAAAUUAGUGUGUCACUAAACAGCGAUGGGAAGACCGCAAUCAAUAGUAUCAGAUGGAUGUUGACACGUCGCGCUGCCCUGACUAUUGCAUCUUGCGCUUGUGCGUCUUUAAUGCGUCUCGAAUAA